GGUAAUUGAACAUAGUUUGAAUGGCAAGACUCAAGGGAUGGCUAAGAAAAAAAAUGGCAGUCUGAAUACUCUUAGAACAAGAAAUAAAAUAGAAUUCCCUGUUCAUAACUUUAAUCAUUAUGGAUUAUCAGAAAAACCUCAAAAUAAAUCAGGAUUUCCGAAGCUAAAAUAGCAUUGUUGGGAAUUACAAUAUGGGUGAAGAGGAGAAAACUGCUAGAAGAAACAGUCUUGAGCGGAAGAAGGAGGAAGAACAAGCUGCCUUAAGUAAUCUUCCAAAGGAGUUUUCUUUUAAGCUACCAGAACUUAAAGGGCAAGGAAUUUUUGCAUCUUUUCAGCAAGAUGUUUCUAAAUUUAUUUCCAAUAUUGACAGGAAAAACUCAAGAAGACCAAGUAGAAAUUCAAUGACAAGGAGAACUAAUGACGAGCCUAAAAAUAAAGUAGUACUUCAGGUUAAAUAAAAGUAUUCAAGGUACUCCUUCUAAGAAUAAUGGUAUCAAAUCAGUGACUAGGUCUCCCUUAGUACCCAUAGUUUACAAACCCAUGGAAGAUAUCACUUCUCCAAGUUUCCUUAAAUCUCCAAGGAAAGGACUCAAGCCAAUGCAGGACUAUAAAUUGUUAGAUGAUUCUUUGAAGGCAAAUCCAAAUUUCUAUAGAAGUCAUAAGGAGGUGGUGAGGAAAGUAAAGAAAAAUAAAUUGAGCAUGAAAAGGAUAGCACAUUUAAUUUCCUGUCCAACUUCGAAAGAGAAUGAUAAGCCUGACUUAGGGUACUAUUCACAAGCUCAGAGUAACACUCGCAACCAAUCUACCGCAAGUUUGUAUGCAUCUACUCCAGAUAACAAAAAUGAGCUGAAGCCUGAUGAUAUGAUGGCUGGAGAAGAUGCUAUUCACAACAUGCACUCAAAGUUUAGGAAAUAUAGGAGAAUCAAGGAGAAGGAAAAAUUGGAAGGUUCUGAUCCUAAAUACCCACUUGUAGAGUUUAUGAAUGCAACUGACAAACGAAAGGUGUUACCAAAGACAACUGGCCUGGUCAAUAAAAAUCCUAGUGUUGAAAAAUACCCUCUAGAGUCUGUGAAAAGUGCUUUUGUAGGAAAAGAUUAUGCAGUCCCUUUCUCUGAAGGAAUUCAGGUUAUCAAUAAGCUUAAAGACCUUGACCUUAGCAGUAGUGAUUUGAGUAAUGGGAUGCUGGUUCCUAUCCUGGAGAAACUUCCUAACUCACUUGAGAAUCUUGAUAUUAGUAGUAACAGAAACUUUUCAAGUGCUGUGUAUCAAACACUUGCUUCCUUGAUUUCUGAUAAGGAAAGAAACAUCAAAUCUUUAUGUCUUGACAAUACAAAUAUGAAUGAUCAGAAUCUUGAGAUUUUGCAAGAAGCUCUUGUCUAUGCCAGAAAUUUAGAAACCCUUGAUAUAAGCAGGAAUGAGAUUACCGAUAGUGGAGCAAUUAUACUAGGAGAUAUUAUUUUAACAAAUAUAUCCCUCAAGACGCUUCUGGUUCACUGGAAUAGGCUCAUGUAUAAAGGGGGUAAAAUUAUUGCAAACUCCUUACAAGGAAACACCGUAUUGGAGACUUUUGAUAUCUCCUUCAAUAACAUUGGAGGGGGAUUUGAUCAUAAUAAAUGAGCAGAGGCUUUCAAAGAUUGCUUCAAGGAUAAUACCUCACUUAUUCAUUUGGAUAUUUCUUUCUGUGGGCUUAAUCAAGAAGAGAUUAUUAUCAUCAAUGAGGGUCUUAGUGAAAACCAUACAAUUUGGGGAAUCCACUGACUUGGAAAUGCUGGUAAAGUUGACCAAAUGGGGUACCUUGUCCCUUUCACCCUCAGAGAUGAUCCUAUUACCUAUACAUUUACAAGGAUUCAGGGAGGCCUCCAAGCUGGCAUAAUCGCAAAAGAGCAAAUAGGAAAUGCCAACAAGACUAAUUGCUGGAUUUGUGAAGGAUGGGUCCCUCAUAAAUUUGAAUUGACACCCGGUAUAUCAACUGAAGAACCUAUAAAUAAAGAAAAAGAACUAACAUUGCACGCAGAAUUUGAUAACUAUCAUCCUGAUCUAUUGCUAGCGGAUAAUAUCAAGAGUGGUGCCUUUUCUUCCUACAGGAUGAUUCCUCCCUUAGAUUGAAAAUACUAUUUCAUGAAUGAGGAUAAUACCAUAAUUUUGGCAGUGGAUCUCCCCCAAGAAGACUGAAUGUUAAUAAAUGAGCACAGGAAAUUAGAUAAAGUCAAUAUAAUGAAAGGGCUGAAGCAGACAACAUGCACAUUUGAUAAGGAUCAUAGGUCAAAAUUGCCCUGCAUCCCAAGACCACCUCCUAAAUUUCAUGAGAAGAAGGAAAGGAUCAAAACUCCUUGGGAUUUCUUCAAAUCUGUCUUCAAAGAUUAUAAGCCAGAUACUCCAAAGAUCCUUGAUGAAUGCUUUGAGUUCGACUGGAAUUGUAGUAAAAUCACUAAAUUAGUGAAGAAUGGAGAUGAUCAAACGGAAGUUAAGAAAUUACUCAGAUCUCUGUACAAGCAUUUUCGUGAAGUGUAUAAAUUCCAAGCAGCUUUGGGCCAAGUUGGGCUUUAUCCAAGCAUCGGUUCCAAUGUUAUUAGUGAGAUAAUUGGCGGGUGCAGCAAUUUGGUGGAUAAUACAUCCCUCAACCUCUCAGAUAUUGACCUGGAAUUUGUUGCAACUAAUGCUGGAAAUAAAAACAAUCCCAGAAAUCCUGAAAGGCAGCUAGUCAGGUACCAAUUGAUGGAAUAUUUUGUGAGAAUUGCCAAGUCCAAAUUUAUAAGGAACAAAACAUGAAGCACCUUUCAUGAAUCCAUGAGAAAGAUGUUUGAUGAACACCUCAAGGAGUUCUUUGAGAAGUACGAUUGCCAUAGAUGGAGGAAAAAUUAUCUCUGGAAUGAACACUGUGAUUAUGUGUUCAAAAGAUACAUGCCAGCUAUUAAAAAGAUCUAUGAAAAAUAUUGUGGCAGGUUUGCUCUCCCUGGUGCUCCAAAAUACAUGUCUUCAGAAGAAUUCUUUGAUCUUAUCGAUAAAAUAGGAGUUGUGAGUGAUGAUUUUGGCCAAAGAGAGAUUCUACCAAUCUUCAACUGUUCGAUGAUGACCCAGAUAGAUGAGCUUGAUAGUGAUAGACAUAUUAAUAUGACACUUGUAGAAUUUAUAGAAGCAAUUGGAAGACUUGCUUUUAAGAUAAAGCUGCCAAUACCAUUUGAAUACAUGAAUCUCAUCUUUAAAGAGAUGGUUAGUGAUAAUCCAAUCCUUGCUGAUGAGCUUCCGUUGUUUAUUUCAAUAGAAUCUUUAAUAGUUCAGAUGAUAAAAUGCUGAUUGAAGAAGGACUUCAUUGAGUCUUACUUGGAAAACAUGGAGAAAUAUUAUGAGGAUCAAUACAAUGCACCAAAGAGAACAAAAUAUGCUCAUAUAGGAGGACCAUACUAAUUCAACCUUAAUUUUAAA